CUUAGAAGCCCAAGAAGUGAUACCUUUUAAUCUCGAGGGCUUCGCGGGUGGAGAGCGGCGAAGAGGGAGAAAAUAGAGAGAGGAGGGACUGACGAUGGUGGCGUCUACUCGGUGGGCGUCCAUCCGAAUCAUGAUCGGCACCAUCCUCGGUGGAGUCCUCGGCUUCUAUGUCAUGCACCGCGUCGAGAUCAACUACAAGGAGAAGAUGAAGGAGAGGUUGGCCAGGUACGAGCAAGAGAUGGAGAGAAAGGAACAACAGCGGCUGCAAGACGAGCACUUAUCCGAUUCGUGAUUCCUGACGCGGCGCCUUCUUCUUUCUCUUGCCUCUUGGAAUUCGGGUGAAUGGAGGUCUAGGAUCAAGGUCCCGCUAUCUAAAUUUUCAUCGUGAUUUGUCGUUCUUGGCAUGCCCAACUCGGUUUGCUUUUGGAUCUCUUCACUUUUUGCCUUGCCGGAUUCAUAUGAAACCUAUUUAGACUUGAACUUUGUUUCACAGGCUUAACUUCAAGCAUCAGGUGGGUGCUCCUCCAGUCUAACUUUAAGCAUCUUUUUCAUUCUAGCUAAUACUUGGAAAACAGACAUCUUGUAUCGAGGAUUUAAUUUUAAUUAGCAUACGUUAAUAAUUUUGCUGGGCAUCUUUAAUUCCUUUAACGUUAUACAGUUGUUGAAUGAAAUGACCUCGUGUCUCACGGAUUAGUAUA